UGGCAUUUCUAGUGGUUUCAUGGUCAUUGACAUACCCAACUCCCCUCUUCUUGGAUAUAGCAAUUACGGAACUUUUUCCUGAUAAAUUGCCAGAAGCUUCCUGAUUUCUCUGGGAUAUUCUCAAGCAAUCUAUUGAAAGAUCAUUCUCCUUCAUCUUUGAGGAUGGCUUCAUUAGGGGAAAAGCCUUCUGCCAAACGCUUUUCUUGGAUUCUGGUCCCUGACAAGGGGAAAAUACACAACCAACCUGAGGAACAGGCUGCCAAAAGACAAAUUUCCUACUCUCCGAGCUUUAACCUUAAGGUAAUCUUCAACCCUGACAAGGAGACAUCAAAAAAGCAUUGCUGCAGCAAAUGCUUGGGGAGAACCUUCCCCCAUCUCUUUUUCAUCUUUUGCUUGAUAAUCUAUGCCUUGCUGGGAGCAGUCCUCUUUUCUUUUAUUGAGGGCAAGAAGGAUGACAAAAAUGUUGAAUUCGAGGCAUUUUUGAUCCAACUCUGGAAUAACUGUGACAGCAAUGGAAAAGACACAGACACAGAGAAAAAAUUGCACUUCAUAAUGAUGACCAGAAGAAUGCUACUGUACCAGCUGCAGCAUGAAUGGCUUCUCUCCUCUUCUGAGUGGUCAUUUCUAGGAUCCUUAUUUUUCUGCUGUACGGUAUUUACUACAGUGGGUUACAGCCACAUGUAUCCCACAACAGGACUUGGAAAAGCUCUGUGUAUGCUGUAUGCUCUCUUUGGGAUACCUUUAAUGUUCAUAGUUACGACAGCCCUUGGUGACACCCUAGCAUCCAUGCUAUCUACAAUUUACAAUAAUUACAAAAAUCUUCGGGUCUCUUGCCUUACAUUAUCUCAAAUCCGAAGGCAUAGUUCAAAAUGCACAGACUCUGAUCUUGUCAAUAAGACCUUAUCUCAUAAUGUGGUAAGAAAAUCAAGCCAUAAACUCACCAUACAAAAAGGCAUAAAUACAAAUUAUAAUUGCCUGAUGGAACAAAGCCAAAAUCUGGAAAAGUUUAAAAAAACUCUAAGGAAAGAGCGGGAAAAUACCUUGUGUGUUCCUUCAGAAAUGCAAAGAAGCCAUUCAUGUCCUGAGCUGGAGCAUUUGAAAUCACAACGCUUACAAAGCCACAGAAGCUUAAGAAAUUUAGGAAAAAUAGUUGAAAAUUUUGAUAUUCCCAUCAUCAUAAUUGGGUUGGUUGUAUUUGCCUACAUCUCUUUUGGAGCAGCAAUUCUACCACUUUGGGAAACUCAUAUGGACUUUGGGACUGCAUUUUAUUUUUGUUUUAUAACAUUUACCACAAUUGGGUUUGGGGAUAUCAAGUUGGAGAAUACCUUUAUAUUUCUCUUUUGUUCCAUUUAUGUUGUCAUUGGCAUGGUAAUUGUCAUCAUCACUUUCAAACUGCUCCAGGACAGAUUGUUCCAUGCUUACCAAAGCAUCAUAUUGUUUGUCACAAAAUGGGAUGUACAGUAGCCAAUGGAAGAAUGCUGGGGUUUAUUUGCAUAAGUCUAUAAGAAAUUUGAUGUUCAUUAAAUCCCAGAGUUAGAAGGGACUUUAGAAAUUGUCUUCAUUGCUUUCAAACUGUCCCACGAUAGAUUAUUCCAUGCUUAUCAAACCAUCAUAUUGUUUGUCACAAAAUGGGAAGUAAAGUAGCAAUUGAAAAGUGAAGAUGAUACUGGUUUAUUUGCAUAAAUGUAUAAGGAAUUUGCUAUUUAUCAAAUCUCAGAGUUGGAAGAAAAUUUAAAAAUUAUCUAGACUCACUCCCUGCCUAAAGGAGUAAUAUUCCUCCAUGGUACCUCAAGAAGUGAUAAUAACCUUUGCUUGAAAACUUCCUGUAUUAAGUUGCUAGCUACCUCACCAGCUAGUUAGGCCAUUCUGUUUCAGAUAGUGCUUAUGAGAAAAUCCACAUGACAACUAUAUCCAUACAGAAUAAGUUUUAUCUGUCUUGUAAUAUGAUUCAAAUGUUUGAAGCCAAUGAUGCUAUCUCCCUCAAAUUUUCUUUUCAAAUAAAUCUCCCUUGCAGCUAUUCAUUAUGCAGCAUUGUUCUUCAUCUGGCAAGAUUGUGGCUUCCACAAUAUGCCAAUAUACAAUACAACAACUUACAAUGUACCGAUAUACAGUAUCCUAGCUUACAUUUUGUUUGGAUCUAUAUUGAUUCAAUGGU